AUGAUUUACCUCCCCGAGAAAGACUAUGACAUCCCCAACAUUGACCUCCUAACCCUCCUGUUCGAGUCCCCCCUUCCGCGCAGUGAUGAAAGCACUGUGAUGCAUGCAGAGGCGGCGGACCCCUCCAAUUCCAUCACCAAAGCCCAAGCCCGCCAGUACACCCGCCAGAUCGCAUACGUCCUGAGACAUCACUUCGGGGUCGGUAGCAACGGCGCCGGAAAGGACGUCAUUCUGGGAGUCUCACCCGGACAGAUCCUCUUGCCGACGGUCUUCUACGGUGUUAUCGCCGCGGGUGGCGUGUGGAGCGCCGCAUCAUACACGGCAUCCCCAGCGGAGCUGGAGCGACAGAUCCGCCAGGGGAACAGUCGGCUGGUCAUUACCGGUGCCAGCUGUCAGGAUGUUGCGGUCAAGGCCGCCCAGGCGGCGGGUGUGCCCAUGGACCGGGUGCUAAUCUUGAAGAGCAUGGGCCACCAGCGCGUGCUGGAGAACUACAGCACAGGCCAGAACUACCUUGCUGCUCUGAGAGAGACCGAUGUGCUGGAUUGGGAGCGCAUAACUGACCCGGAGGCGUUGAAGAACUCCCUCAUCUGCCUGCUCUACAGCAGCGGCACCACGGGCGUGCCGAAGGGUGUCAACAUCUCCCAUCUCAACGUUGUUGCUGAAGCGCUGAUCCCCUACUUCAUGGAUCAGGAGCAUACGGCCAGGAAAAAGGCAGAGGAUCCCAACUACGAGAACCCGUACCGCACUUUGGCUCACCUCCCGACGGCUCAUAUCGCUGGUUGCCAGGGGUACUUCAUCAACCCUGGUGUGGUGGGUGGCACUGUCUACUGGAUGGAGCGGUUCGACUUUGAAAAGUUCCUGGAGUACUGCAAGAAACUGGAGAUAACCUUCUUCUUCACUGUCCCGCCUAUAUACCUGCUCAUCAGCUUGAGCCCGCUGGUCACGGAUCAGUUCAAGACGAUGCGGCGCGCCUACUCCGGUGCAGCUCCGAUGGGAGCUGACCUCCAGCAGAAGGCCCAGAAGAAACUGGGCUGUCUUAUCAACCAGACCUGGGGCCUGAGCGAGACGACCGGCAGCACAACCGGCAUGCCGGCGGACGUGGAGGAGCUCACGGGCAGCGUGAGCCGACUACUGCCGAACAUGCGCCUCCGCAUCGUGGACGACGAUGGAAAAGACGUUGAAGAAGGCAAGGAGGGCGAAUUCCUCGUCAAGGGCCCGGUCGUCACGACCGGGUACUACAACAACCCUGAGGCAACCAAGGAUGCUUUCACUGCGGAUGGGUGGUUCAAGACUGGAGAUAUUGGACUUCGUAAGAACGGGCUUUUCUAUAUCGUUGACCGGAAGAAGGAACUGAUCAAGUACAAGGGUCUUCAAGUUGCCCCCGCCGAGCUGGAAGCACUGCUCCUUUCCCACCCGCAGAUCAUGGAUGCCGCUGUAAUUGGAGUGGCGGCGCCGGACGGCUCUGGUAACGAGGUGCCACGGGCGUACAUUGUUGCGGACCAGAAGAAGAUCACCGAAGACGAGGUGAAGGAGUUUGUCAAGGCCAACUUGGCGCAUUAUAAGCAGCUCCGCGGCGGUGUCAUCUUCCUCCCUGCCAUCCCCAAGAGUCCCAGUGGGAAGAUCCUGCGCCGCGAGUUGCGCGAGCAGCUGAAGAAGGAGGCGAAGACUGCGAAGUUGUAG